AUGAGCGACGAGGAGAUGCGCGAUCUGAUCGAUGGCGAGGCGGAGCUGAAUGAGGAGAACGAUGAGCCGGUCGACGACGAGGCCGGCGAGGCUGUUGGCGAUGAGGACGGCGAGGAUGAAGAGGCCGCCUUGAUCGACUCUAGCGAGGAGGAAGAGGAUGAUGAAGACGAAGAGGAAGCUAGAAGGAUCCGUGAAGGCUUCAUUGUCGACGAAGACGAGGAAGAAGAGGAAGAAGAGGACGAGGAAGAGAAGGAACGCCGAAAGAAAAAGAAGCGCCGCAUUCGCGAAGAGGAGGAGCAGCUUGAUGAGGAAGAUUUGGACCUCAUCGGCGAGGCCACUCAACAAUGGGAGCGUCCCCGCCCUGAGCCCAAGUUUAAGCGCCUGAAGCGCGGCCACCGUGCCGAGUCCCGUGGUUCCGAGCGCCGUGGUCUGGCUGAGAUCUUCUCAGACGAUGAAGACGACGAGACUGAGGAGCAGCGCUACAGCCGGUCGCAUCGCGCUGUGGUCGAUGAGUUUGACGACUUUAUCGAAGAUGAUUACCCCGAAGACGACCAAGAGCGUAUGCAGCGCGAACAGGAGGACAAGGAGGUCGCCCGCCCCAGAGAUAGGCUCGUUGUCGAUACUACCGGUCUCGACAAGGAUGCUCUUGACGACAUGGAAGCGAUCUUCGGCAACGGCGAGGACUACGAUUGGGCCUUACAGAUGGAGGAGGAGGAAGAAGAACGCGAGCGCGAAGAACAGGCCAUAGAGCUUAAAGACGUGUUCGAGCCGGCUCAGCUCAAGGAGAAGCUGCUCACGGACGAGGACAACCAGAUCCGCAUCAUUGAUGAGCCUGAGCGCUUCCAGAUCGACCGCAAGCCCUUCAAGGAACAGCCCACGUCCGCCGAGUACUUCAAGGAGGAGGCUCGCUGGAUUACCAACCUCAUCUGGCCUAAGAAGAAUCUGCGGGCCGACCUGCAUGGUCCCUUCAACAAGGCUGUUGGCAAGGUCCUCGAAUUUUUCAUUAUCGAUGGCGUCGAGGUUCCUUAUAUCUUCCAGCACCGCCGCGACUACCUCAUCCACGCCCGCAAGAUCCGCAACAAGAGCGACAACCCCGACUCGCAGGAGUACACGCUGGACGCGGAGAAGCUCCUGAAUCAGGAUGACUUGUGGCGCAUCCUGGAGCUUGACCUUAAGUUCCGUUCGCUCGUCGAGAAACGCAACUCGCUUGAGAAGGCGUAUAACAACCUCAAGGAGGGCGCUGGCAUCCAGGACAGCAUCUUGGAUGAGAUGAUUCACCAAGCUGCUACAAUUGAGGAACUGCAGGACUUGCAGGACUACCUCAACUUCCAGUAUUCCUCGCAGAUCAAGGCGAUCGCUGCCGCCGGCAAUGGGGAGACUCGCGAGAUCAAGCGUCCUGGCGCCAAGACGGCUUUCUUCGAGCGAAUCCGGCGGUCUAAGGCUUAUGAGUUCGUAAAGGCCCUUGGUAUCUCGCCCGAUCGCUUGGCGCAGAAUGCUCUGCGUGAGGGCAAGAAGGUGUCGUCUGACGAUCCGUCUCAGCGCCCCGUUGAGCUUGCCGACUCACUGUGUGACUUGGAGUUCCCGUCGGCCGACCAGGUCAUCAAUGCGGCGCGUCAGAUGUACGCCGAGGAGAUGUUUGUCAGUCCGCGGAUGCGCAAGCACUUCCGUAUCCAGUACUACCAGAUGGGCUCUGUCAGCUGCCGGCGGACAGAGAAAGGUCUGCGCAAAAUCGAUGAGUCGCACCCGUACUAUGAGAUCAAGUAUCUCCUCAACCAGACCAUCCGGGAUCUCGCCAUGCGUCCCGAGAUCUUCCUCAAGAUGAUGAAAGCUGAGGAAGAGGGCCUGGUCGAGGUUCGCCUGAGUCUCGAGAACGAGCGCGAGUUUCGCAAGCAGCUGUACAACGAGUUUAUUUCGGACAACUUCAGCGAGCUGGCUGAUGCGUGGAAUGCUGAGCGCCAGAAAGUGCUCGAUCUCGCGUUCGGCAAGCUUGAGAAGGUUAUCGCCAAAGGCGUCAAGGACUCAUUGCGCACUGCUUGCCAGGAGGAGCUGCUCAAGACUUGCCGCGAGGAAUACUUCAAGCGGCUCGACCAAGCACCGCUCAAGCCGAAGGGCAUGGUUCUUGGUACUACUCCGCGUGUGCUGACCCUCACCAACGGCAUGGGCGACCCCAACCGUGAUCCCAUCUACUGGACUUGGGUUGAGGAAGACGGCCGGAUUGUCGAACACGGCAAGUUUGUCAACCUCGCCCGGGAUGAGAACCAGCGCGAGGCUUUCGCUGAGCUGUGCCGGCGCAGACAUCCCGAUGCUAUUGGUGUUUCGGGCUUCUCAGUUGACACUCACCGGCUGAUCAAGGAUAUCGAGGGCAUCAUCAACGAAAAGGGCCUGAUGGGCCCCGAGUACCAGGACCCUGACAGCGACGAGUACCGGAGCGACUUGCUCGACGUUAUCAUCGUCAACGAUGAGGUCGCCCGUCUUUACAAGGACAGCCCCCGUGCGCAACAAGAACAUCCGACGCUCAACCCGCUGACGCGGUACUGUUACGCGCUGGCGCGGUACAUGCAGAACCCAAUGAAGGAGUACGCGGCGCUGGGCAAGGACGUAGUGUCUCUGCGCAUUCAUCCUUACCAACAGUACCUGCCACAGGAUAAGCUGCUCAAGGCAAUGGAGACGGCUAUGGUGGAUAUCGUCAACCUUGUCGGCGUCGACAUUAACGAGGCCAUGAAUGACCCGUACACGGCCAACCUGCUGCCGUAUGUCGCUGGUCUCGGCCCGCGUAAGGCCCAGCUGCUGAUCAAGGGCAUCAAUGCCAACGGCGGCGUGGUCACGUCACGCGAUGAGCUCGUCGGCGAUCCUGAAAGACACAAGAUCCCUGUUCUUGGUCCCCGCGUCUGGAACAACUGCGCCAGUUUCUUGUAUAUCGAGUACGACAGCAGCAACCCGGAGUCGGAUCCCCUCGACAAUACGCGUAUCCAUCCCGAGGAUUACGACCUGGCUCGCAAGGUUGCUGCUGACGCUCUAGGUCUCGACGAAGAAGAUGUUAAGGCCGAGACGGACGAGCACGGUCCCGGUGCUAUUGUCAGCAAGCUGUUCCGCGAGGAAGAGCAGGACAAGGUCAACGAGCUUAUUCUUGACGAGUAUGCCGACCAGCUCGAACGCGAAUAUCAGCAGCGCAAGCGUGCUACGCUUGAAGCCAUCCGGGCUGAACUUGUCGGCCCCUUCGAGGAGUUGCGUAAGGGUUUUGCCAUUCCCUCAACAGACCAGAUCUUUACCAUGUUCACGGGCGAGACACGCGACUCGCUGUGCGAGGGCAUGAUUGUCCCCGUCAACGUUCGCGUGGUCAAGGACGACUUUGCUAUUGUCCGGCUCGACUGCGGCAUUGAGGGCCGCAUUGAAGCCCAUGAGGUCUCCUACCGUCACUCUAUCAAGGACCUGCUGUCGGUCAACCAGACGGUGCAGGCCAAGAUUCUCGACAUCAAUCGCAAGGACUUCACCUGCAAGCUUUCUCUGCGCGAGGAAGAGCUACGCCGUCCUUUCCGUCGCCACUACGAUUACGGUCGCGGUCAGUGGGAUUACAAGCAGGAGGAUCUGGACCGCGAGGAGCUGCGCGAGAAGGAUAAGGUCACCGGCCGCACUCAGCGUGUCAUCCGUCAUCCUCUUUUCAAACCCUUCAAUAGUGUGCAGGCUGAAGAAUACCUAGGUGGUAUGCCGCCGGGCGAAGUGGUCAUUCGCCCGUCAAGCAAAGGAAACGAUCACCUUGCGGUCACCUGGAAGGUUGCUGAUGGGGUCUACCAGCAUAUUGAUGUGUUGGAACUGCAGAAGGACAAUGAGUUCUCUGUUGGCAAGGUCCUGCGCGUGGGCAGCAAGUACACUUACUCUGAUUUGGAUGAGUUGAUUGUGGAGCAUGUCAAGGCCAUGGCGAAGAAGGUGGAGGAGAUGAUGCAGCAUGAGAAGUUCCAGAAGGGCUCGCGUGCAGAUCUGGAGAAAUGGCUCACUACGUACAUCGACGCAAACCCCAACAGGUCGACGUACGCGUUUUGCAUUGAUCCCAAGCACCCAGGCUACUUCUAUCUCUGCUUCAAAGCAUCGCGUACAUCGCGCGUUAACGCCUGGAUGGUGCGUGUUGUUCCUCACGCCUUCGAGAUGAUGAAGAGCCAGUACCCAGACAUGCGGGCGCUCUGCAACGGGUUCAAGCUGCGCUAUCAGAGCGAGAUGCUCAAGGCCCAGCAGCAGGGCCAUGUGCGGCGGUAG